CCAUCACGAGCACGCUCGUUAAACGUGCGCCUUUUCGCUUUCGUCGCGUCUCUUUUUCACUCGAGUCAACGUCUCCUUCGUGCACGACCCUUUCCAUUCCAACUCCAUCCAUCCGACCUCCUAACCUCGAAAAAGAAAAAAAAACUACCCCCUUCUUUGCGAACAACCCAGGGUCGAAUAACACGAAUAACACGAGUGGAGGCGAGCGCAAGCACACCGGAUGCGUCGAUUUCUUUGAUUCGACGAGGAUUGGAACGAGAUCGAAGAGAGGAGGGGCUGAUCUCACCCAUGCCGUUGGCGAGUCGCGUGGAAGGAGGGAAAGAGGAACAGGUGUCCGGCUCGAGGGAUAAGCAAGGGUGAACGUGUGUCGUCGGAUAAUAAGGGAUUCGCGACGAGUGAAAUGAAACGAGUGUUGUUGGAACGCGGUGUUCGCGAGAAGGGUGAUACUUGGUGAGCCACGCGACGCGUGUCAAGUGAUAGUGGAUUCUUCUUCUUGCACCAGUGUUCUUUUUCACAGGAAUUGAUUUUGAAAGUAGCGAUUCACGUGACGCAUCCGCGAAACCUUCUUCUUGCCGGAACGCUUCUCUCUUCGAUCCUGCUAUUUUUCUUCUCGUUCCCCAUUGUCGUUCCCAUUGAUAAAUAUCAAUAAUCGACGCUCGUAUUUGUGCAAGAAACGUGGUGGUGAGAAUGGAUGCAUUUCUGAACACCGUUUCGUGUUAUCGGUCAUCGUUCUAUUUUUUACGAAGCAUAUAGUUGUAACGUACUAUUAUUAUGUACAAGAGUAAUUUCGUAUUUGUGAAUAUUAGAAAAGGUUAAAAGUGUGUUGCAACGUGGUUUUGUAUUGGAAACGUAGAGUUUCCGCACUUUCUUUAGAUAUAUUAACGCAACAUCCUACGAAGUAUGUAAUUUGCUGCAACUUCUCGUUAAUUGUAUGAUAUUUUGAAAAGCUGCCUGCUCGUAAUAUUUUAAAAAUUUCGUUAACAGUGAAGUUUCUCUUUGUGAAAGCGACAUUCAAGUGCGUGUUAUAAUUAUAUGAACUGGAAGGUGAAUUGGAAAAGUUAAUUGGUUCUCCUUGGAUAAACAAUUGUUGGAGUGGUCUCGUGGAUGAUUAUGAACGUUCUACGCUAUUAAUUACCAGUGACGAGAAGGACGUAGAAGGAAGGAGAAAAUAUCGGAGGAGGCGAUAGCUGGAUCCAUCGAUCCAUCGGGUGUAAAGAGAGAAACGGUGGCAAUCGUCGGAGCAGGGCACGACGAGAGAGUGGACGGGAGGCAACGCCCUUUUCCCGCCGGGAAGAUGAAGGCCAGGCUGGUACGUCGGCUCGUUGCCACGUCCGUGACCUAAGGGCGGAGAGGAGAAGAAGAGGAAGGAGGGAAAGGACGCGGUGGGCCGACGAGCAUGACGACGAUCGUGGCGAGCAGCGAAUCGAGCGAGGUGGUGUCCUCGGUGGACGUGACGACCCUGUUGAACGGCAUCUCGACCGAGGAGGGGCAAUUCGGGAACGCGAGCUACUCGAGCGAGCAAAAGUUGUCGGUGGCCGUGACGAUCGCGAAAGGUUGCCUGAUGGGCUCCAUCAUAGUGACCGCGGUGUUCGGUAAUCUGUUGGUGAUGGUGUCGGUGAUGCGGCACAGGAAGCUGCGGAUCAUCACCAAUUAUUUCGUGGUCUCUUUGGCGUUGGCCGACAUGUUGGUCGCGAUGUUCGCGAUGACGUUCAACGCGAGCGUGCAGUUGACCGGCAAAUGGCUGUUCGGUUAUUUCAUGUGCGACGUGUGGAACUCCCUGGACGUGUACUUCAGCACCAGCUCCAUCCUCCAUCUGAUGUGCAUCUCGGUGGAUCGUUACUGGGCGAUCGUGAAACCGCUCAAAUAUCCUAUUAUCAUGACCAGGAGGCUGGCCGCCUACAUGCUGCUCGCCUGUUGGAUAUUGCCCGCGUUCAUCUCGUUCAUGCCCAUUUUCAUGGGGUGGUACACCACGCCUGAGAACAGUAUGCGAAGGCAGAAUCAUCCCGAUUUGUGCGAGUUUAAGGUGAACAAGAUUUACGUGAUAUUCUCGUCGAGCAUCUCGUUCUGGAUACCGUGCACCAUCAUGACGCUCACGUAUUUCGCCGUGUUUAAAGAGGCGAACAGGCAGGAGAAGCAAAUGCACAGCAGGAUGGGGAACGUGAUGCUGUUGAGCCACAGGCCGAGCAAGGAUUUGAAUAAUUUGAACGGGGAGCUCAACAGCGCGGGCUCCUCCAAGACGUUGACGUUGAACGAGAUCAGCACCAAUCAUCUGCACACGCCUACCAAGGACAAGAAUAUCAUGAAGAUGAAGAGAGAGCACAAGGCUGCUAGGACGUUAGGCAUCAUCAUGGGUACCUUCAUACUCUGCUGGUUGCCCUUCUUCUUGUGGUACGUUAUCACAACGUUAUGCGGAGAAUCCUGUCCGUGUCCCGACAUCGUGAUCGCCCUGCUUUUCUGGAUCGGGUACACGAAUUCGGCGCUGAACCCGUUGAUCUACGCGUACUUCAACCGCGACUUCCGAGAAGCUUUCAAGAAUACUCUGCAGUGCGCGUUCUGCUCGCUCUGCAGACGAGAGCCGUCCGAUCUCGAGGCGCUCGAUUUCCGUCGGCCGUCCCUAAGAUUGGCCGAUGUAGCAACACUACGUGAAUAAAACUAUAUAUAAUCGCGGAAAGAACACGAUUUUCCACGCGAUGAUCACGAGAACGAUAAGGAAGAAAGAAGAAGGAUGAAUAUGUAAUCAACAAUGAAUCGAGUGGCAUGAUUGUGAGCUAACAGAAUGGAGGGAAAAUGAUGAUGCAAUUGAGGAGAAAGGCUAAGGAUUGAUUGGCGAUUGUUGCCAGUUUAAAAUUCAAAUUUAUGUAUUUAUUUUUCAAGUAGAUUAUAAGUGUAUUAAAGUGAAUAAUAAAACGAUACUUAUAAAUAAUUAUUGUUUAAAUACGUCGAAUAUAAUUAAAGAAUGAAUAAAAUAGCUGAACGAAGGACUGGA